AUGGCACCCGUGCAGAUUUACUUUGUCAAGCUGUCAGUGUCUUUGCAGCAUGUUGUGCAUAUUAAACAGUUGGUGGUCUUGUGGCUGUAUGUCCCUGGAGCCUCUCUAGAAGUGGCACUUUAUCAGCUCUGCCACAUCUUCACUGCACCAUCAGAAUGUUUAACUUCACAGCUGAUGAAUCAGACUCAUCAACAGAUUUCAGAAUCCUUUGUCACAGAUAGAGACACAGAGUAUGACAAAGGUAAAGAUGUUGUGGGCUGCCAUGUUGAAGCAGCUGUAACAUUUUGGGCACAGAAUUGCAAUAGAUGUAAUGACCUCUUGAAAAUAUGUUUUGCGCUGACUGAAGCUUGUCCUUGUACUAAUGCAGUUUUUGGCAAACCUGAUUUUAGUAAGUGUCAGGUGUUGUACGUUGACUGUGAAAAAUCUUAAAUUCUGAAUAGACCAAACACAGUUAAAAUUCCACCAAACUUGCAAGUUUGCAGUGUUGGUAAGAAGUACAGACUCUGGGCACUGCACAGACCAGCUGAUCAGAACUUAAACACGUCACUGAACAUAAAAGUCUCAGGAAGUGAUGGCAACAGGACUGAGGGGAAGAAGUUUUUGAGCAGCCUAGCUUUUGAAAAAGAAAUAAAAAUACAUCACAAAGCCAAGCAUAAAGAUGGUACCAUUGUUGCCCAGGCAGAAUACAAAAAAAUAGAUAUUGGAGAAGAGGUGGUCAAGACAGAGUUUAAAAAAUACACAUCUCCAGGAAGCACUAAGGAUGAGGAAAAGAAAAGUAGCUGUCACACAAAACUAACAUUGGAAGACACCAGCUUGGGACAAAUAAGAUCAGAUCAGAAGCUGUCUGAAGAGAAAAAAGUUCUCAGAAGGAAGAAUAUAAAUCUCUUGCAGAAGCAGAAGAAAUUAGAACUGAAGGUUCAAGAGCCGAAAUGUGAACUUCAGUAUACAGCAGUGCAAAAGAAGGAAUCAUCUAAGAAAACUGAAAGCUUUGAACAACGCACUUACAUUGGAAUGAAAACAAGAAGUUUGGCUGUUGGGGUGAAGGCACUGAAAAAACUUAGGCACAUAAAAAAGAAUAGUCAUUUUGGGAAGCAGCUCUCACAAGCCAUAAAAGUGGUUACAGAUGUUUCUCUCACUGUUCUGUGUUCCUUGGAAAAGCUGCAGAGGAUUUGGACAGAAUAUGACUUGGCUUAAAAGAGGAUUCAAUUAUGCAGAAAUGUGGAUAAAAUAGAUGAAUUGAUUAUCAAGCAAGAUGAGGUGCAGCAGAACUUGUAUUCAGUAGUGAAAGAAUUAAUUUUGGAAGUGGAUCAACUUUUUGUGGUGCCUUUUUCUUCCAUGUUACGGGAGCUGACAACUUCUCUGGGGAUGAUUUAUGAUCAAGAAUCUGAAGCAUAUGACCAGGAGGUAUUUCAACAGUUCUUUGAGUGGAAGUGUGUUAAAACAAAGAAACUAAAUUGUGUCAGAAAUAAUAUGGACACAACUAUGUAAAUUCUUGCUGACUGGUUCGAUGACAUCUUUAAGAUGUUUAUAAUCAUGUCAGUUAUUAGAGGGGGCAAACAAACUGGCAGUUCAGUCCAGGAGCAUGAUGAAGCAGAGAAGGGAAUAAUUAUAAGUACUUGCAAUAAAGUUAUGUGUAAAGUUCAUCAUGAGCAAAAUGUGAUCACUGUUAUACGAAACAGAUACUUGGCCAGUGCUGAGGUUUCAAAAAAGCAGGCAGAGGAAUGACUGAAUAGAAGACCCAAUAUUAACAACUUAUUAUCAGUUAAGAAAAUUGUGAAAAGCUUAAAGGCCCAAAGGCGAUGGAAGCUGAUUGAAAAGAACAACUUUGAGGAACUAAAGGGAAAAAACCCACCCGUGUAUUACAGCUUUGCAUUGCAAAACCAGGAGUUUGGCAUAAGAGAUGGAACACCUGAGGUAGAUGUGGUUGCCAUGGAUGAUAAAGUUAAACCUCUUCUCUUGAAUUUGUUCUACUCUAACAGACUGAUGCCUGAGUAGGUGCUGAGGAAUGAUUGCUUCCUUGUAGUAGAUGCAAUUCCAGUUUCACUGCAACCAGGUAAAGAGUAUGAGCCACAUAAAAAACAUGAUUCUGAGAAAAGACAAGAGGAAAAAAGAAAGUGAUCAACUGAGGAGAACGGAGCAAACUCUGCUUAA